AUUUGGACUUUACCCUCUCUGGGAGUGAUGCAGACGCUGCGGAUGCCGGAGCCACGGCAGGACAGGGCGCCCGAGGGUUCCCGCAGCCAGGACGCGGAUGGGAGAGAUGGGAUGGCGCUGAUGGAGGCGGCCCUGAUGGGAUCGCCCCAUGCCGCGGUGAACGGUCCCCGGAGGAGGAAGAGGACGAAGUACAACCCCUGGCAGAAGAGCCUGCUGGAGAAGGCGUACUCGGUGUGCAAGUACCCCAACGUCUGGACCCGGGAGACCCUCUCCAAGGCCCUCAACGUCGACGAUGCCCGGAUUAUCGUGUGGUUCCAGAACCGGAGGGCCCGCUACAGCCGACAGACGGGGGGCGGCCGCUCCUGCCCCCACCCGACGCCUGUCCCUGACACCCCCCAGACCCCCUCGGGCACCCUGCACUACAGCAGCGCCGGACCCAGCCAGCCCCCGCCCCUGGGGGGCGUCCGCCGACCCCUGGCCGAGGUGACCCAGGGACCCCCGGUGGGACCCCACCGUCCUGUCUGGCAUGGCCCAAAGCCGGAGGUGGAGCCCCUGGCCCAGCCCUGCGCCCUGGGGCAACCCCUGGACACCGCCACCAUCCUCGGCCACUGGGCACCCCCCCCUCCCUCCCCCACCCACGGACCCCACCCCUGCUACCCGCUGGACGAGAUCGAACUGGACUUCACCAUCGCCGACUUCAACAUGGGCUUGGGCCUGGACCUGUCCCAGGCCCUGUGACUACCCCCCCCAGUCGGGACUCCCGGACCCCUUCUGUCCCAAUCCUGUCACCCAAACCGCCCUGAGGUUCCCGGCUCCGGAGCUACACCCUGGCACCGUGCGCCGGGCCCGUCCCGCUGUUGGGACAGUUCCACGUGACUCCCUCCCUGGGUGGAAGGGGUGUUUGGGGUGAGGGGAGGGGGUGGGUGAAGUUGUUCGUUGAGGGAACUGCUGCGGUUUUGGGGAAAGUGUCUCCUUUUGUUGGGAGGGUCUCGAGAUGGAAACGGGCUCAUAGGUUGUUACUGCCCUGGGAGUGUGUGAUGGGACAGUGCAGAGGGAUCUUCACUCUGUGUCUGACCCCGGGAGUGUGUGAUGGGACGGUGUAGAGGGAGCUUCACCCUGUGUCUGACCCCGGGAGUGUAGUGUCUGACCCCGGGAGUGUGUGAUGGGACGGUGCGGAGGGAGCUUCACCCUGUGUCUGACCCCGGGAGUGUGUGAUGGGACGGUGUAGAGGGAGCGAAGGGUCAGGAUGUAGAUCAGGGGUCGUCCUUCUUGUAGGAGUCUGAGUGGGACGUGGUGACCGUCCCACCCACACACCCUCAUCCCUCCCCCCCCCCCCCCCCCCCCCCCCCCCACCACGGGGAACCUGAUGACCUCAUUGCUGCCACAUGCAGCCAUUUAUUUAUUUAAUAUUUAAUGAUAAAUUCUUUUAGAAUGCAAAAAAAAUUCACAUCUGGAGCUGGGGUGCGACGCGCGCCCUGUAUACCCCUCGCGCGCCUUGUAUACCCCUCGUGCAACUACACUGCAGACUUUAAGCAGCAUUCAGUCACGCUGCCUGCUGUGUAAUACCUUAUGCAUGUUGAGAGCCUGACUAAACGUCAGCAACAGGGCGCCAGUGAGGUGCCUCCUGACACAAGGUGGUCAAACCUUAAUAGAUUAUUUUAUUAUAUAAAAAAGGAUGGUAGUUACUGCCUCUGCUGCGGAUUCAUCACUGGCCACCAGUCCAAUGCUCUGAAUUAAGGAUGGUUGGCAGAGGUUGCUAAGUCCCUGUGCGUAAAUUGAACCACGUCUAUCCUUCCCUUUAAAGGGGACGCAUUCCCUGUCUAGUGGUUCAGCGGGUGGGACCACUAAGAGGAAUCCCUGGGUUUGCCCACUUCCCUGGACAGAAUUUCCCCCAAUUUCAACGGGGUUGGGCGAGGGUGGGGAGGGGCUUUUUUUUUUGGUGGUGGUUUGAUCUUUGACCUCGGGACCUUUGGGGACUGGGGAGGGCUUGGAAUCGGGUCGGGUGCGUGUGGUGUCGGGUGGGGGUGGGGAGAGGAUCGGUCUGGGUGGUGAUGCCUUUUACAGUUGAAUAUCUGGCCGCUUGCAUCUGAACAGCCAACUGGAUGAGGAGCUGAUCUUAAUUUUUGGAGGAACAUUUGCGAUGACUGAAAAGUUAAUUUAUAAUUUUAAUGUAAUGUUAAUAUGAACAGUUGGUCUCUGGUAGAUGUCAAAUUCUUAUAUGUAAGUAGAGAAACUACAAUUGGGAUAAAUCUGACUGUUAAAUAAAAUCCCUGACACAAGGUGUCACACACGUCAAGGGGGGAUUGGUUGUGGCUGAAAUACAAGUGUGAGAUGGAGGGUGUGGGAGAGAGGGAGUCAGGGAGAGAGGGAGUCAGAGAGAGGGGCACAGUGGCGCAACAGGUAGAGACGCUGUCUGCCAGCUCCAGAGAAGCGGGUUUGAUCCUGACCUCCGGCGCUGUGUGGGUGUGUGUGUGUGGAGUUUGCACCUUCUCCCUGUGACCCCGUGGGCUCCCCCCCGGGUGCUCCGGUUCCCUCCCACAUCCCAACCUUGUGUGGGUAAAGAUAUACAGGAGGGAGAGGGAAAUAUUUGGACUAUUUGUCCGGCUCCUGACUUGUGCACCGAGCACUCAUUCCCAGCGCCGGCUGGGUUUAUAGUGGGAGAAAAGCGCCCCCUGUUGUACUGGGGGAACCUUGUACUCCUGCAUCAGGAGUUUAUUCAACAGUCAGUGUGUUAAUUGUGCUUUGUUUGGUAAGGUGAAUAAAAAUUGUUGGCCAAAUUGC